AUGUCACUAUGGCCCUUUGGAGAGACGCUGAGUCAUUCCGGAAUUGAUUCGAUACUUGAAGAGUACUAUCUAAUUUUUCGUAGUUUGGAGGGAAAUGAGACCUCUUCAACUGACGACAAGAAGAAUGAGCCUUCUAUGGAGUCAGAGUCCGAAUUUGGUACCGAGUCUCGGGAUAGGAGUGACCUUAACCAGUCAUUUAUUGAUAGGAUCUUGUUGGAAACAGCUUUGCUGGAUGAACUGAAUGGAGCAGCCAACGACAGACUCGUCGACUUCAUUUGCUUGGGAUAUUUCUAUGACGACCGUUCCCAGCAGGUCCGCCACAUGGACUACCUAGUGGACAUGUUGAUGGCUUACCUGAAGGACAUAGACCGCACUGGUUAUAGAACCCCAUUUCUUUUAGAGAAUUCAUUCCAUCAAACAGGUGAAUAUGAAGAUCAGGACGAUGAAGACCCAAUGCUGUAUGUCAACAUUAUUUCCAGUAUUUUUUGUUCGAAAAGUGCGCCCAUAGUGGAGGCACUCGUGCAAAAUACCCCAUUUUUGUCCUCUCUGUUCGAGGUUUUCCAGUUUGAAAAUAUUGAGGCAGAAAAUUGUCCUAUCUUGGCUGUUUUCCUUAAGAUUAACGAAACUCUUCUGUUUGAACAGACAUCUAGCUAUUUGGAAUUUUUCAAAUCGCAACCGAACAUUGUGGACAAGUUCUUAUAUCAUAUUGAAGUCUCACCCUUGGUUGAAUUUCUCAUUAAAAUCAUGCUGACUGAUCAAGUUGAAUCACCUACGAACAUUAUUGACUUCUUGUAUCACCAGGAUCUGAUACCUAAGUGUUUGAAUCUCUUGGAAAAUAGCAAAUACUCACCUGGUAUUCAAAACAGUAGCGGAGAGCUUCUAAAAGCACUGAUCAGCAUUUCCACCAAUUUUAAACUGGAUACUUUGUGGAUCGGACCUAACCGAUUGACAAGACAGCUUGCCUCUCCGCAAUAUGUCGACCAACUUAUUAAUAUAAUCUUAUUUCAAAGAGGCCAUGCAAUGGGAGUUGCCGUAUCUAUUAUAAUUGAGUUGAUCAGGAAGAAUAAUUCCGACUAUGACGAAGUAGAUUUGUUAAGUACCACCAUAGUAGACAAUCCGCCUUCUCAAAGAGAUCCAGUCUAUUUGGGCCAUUUGUUAUAUGAGCUCACUAUGCAUAUGGAAGAUUUUUAUGCAUUACUAAUUAAACUUGAAAAUGAUGAUGACGAUGAUCAUGACACUGCUUCAAAAGCUCUUCCAUCUGUUAAGCAUCACCUACUAGAAAACCAAUUGCAUGAAUCAUUCAGGCCUUUGGGCUUUGAAAGAGUCAAGAUUACAGAAUUGAUAUCGGAAAUGUUACACUGUUCAAAUAUGGGAUUGAUGAAUUCAAAAAGAGGCGAAAAAAUAGCACGUACCAGAGAUAAAUGCAGGGACACUCUUGAUCAAAACUCACUAGAGAAAGCCAUGAAAAAUUUAAAUAUAAAUGAUAAUACUAUUACUUCCAAUACAUUAGAAGAUAAAUGUAAUAAUAAUGAUAGUAAUGACAGUAAUGACAACCAAAAACAAAAAAAAAAUAUUAAAAAAAAGUUUCAUGAUAAUGAAUUGUAUUCUACUUUUGAUACAUCUGAUGACAAUAUUGAUGAUGAUGAUGAUAUGAGUUUUGAAAUUCCUUACGUCAGUGAAACGCAAAAUUUGAAAAUACGUAAAAACCCUACCAUUGGAGAUUUAUUCAAAAUUAAACUUCAUGACCUUGGGUUUUUUCCAAAGUUUCUACAAUUAUUCUUAAGAUAUCCUUGGAAUAACUUUUGGCACAACAUUGUAUUUGAUAUUAUUCAGCAGAUAUUCAAUGGUCGAAUGGAUUUUUCUUAUAACUCAUUUUUGGUCUAUUCUUUGUUUGAUUUCAAAAAGUCUACAAGAUUUAUCCCAAAACCUUUGUACGGCAGCAACCAAAAGUUACCUGUUAAAGACUUCCAUAUUAUCUCUGAUUUCAUUUUACAAGGCCACAAGGAUUCGUUUGAAUUUUACGAAAAAGAGAAAACAAAUUUAGGUUAUAUGGGUCAAUUAGUAUUAAUUGCCGAAGAAAUUGCGAAGUAUUCCAAAAUUUAUAAGACCGAUCUAAUUGCUCCAGAUAUAUAUGCCUUCUUACAAGAUGAAGUUUGGAUGUCAUAUUCUAGUGACAUCUUGAACGAAACAAGGACAAUGUGUUCAAUAAUUCUUGGUGGAGGCCAGUUCUGUGCCGAAAGCGAUGAAAAUACUAACCAGGACUUUUUGGAAAAAGCUGAUAUGAGUAAACCAGCUCAUCCAUCCACAAUGGAUGAGAAUGAAAUUGUUCACGAGGAGGAUGUUAAGUUGCAUGAUAAAGUUGCCGAGCUCAUAGAUGAAUUGGGUCAAUUAACCGAAUUAGAUAUUCAUGAUAAAAUUAAAGAUGUUAUUGUUGAUCAUCAUUCCGACUUAAAUUGA